GACGGACAGAAACAUCAGACUCAGGACAGAAACACACGACCUCUAAAAAAUGGAGCAAACUCUAUAUUUGAUUCUUCUUCUCAUUGCUCUCUGCUCCGUAUCUGAAUGUGUUCAGCGUCAGUAUCACUUUAUAAACGUGAUGAAGAACUGGACUGAAGCUCAGAGAUACUGCAGAGAGAAUUACACAGAUCUGGCCACCGUUGACAACAUGAACGACAUGAACGAGCUGAAGAUGACUGUGAAUGAUGGAGGUGUUCAGUAUGUCUGGAUUGGGCUGCAGAAGACGGGUGUUGAUAAAUGGCAGUGGUCUUCAGGUGAUCCUGUGCUCUAUCUGAACUGGGCUCCUGGACAACCUGAAGGCACAGAGGAGUGUGUUGUGAUGACAAAUGGAAAAUGGCAUGAUUAUCCAUGCAGUAAUACCUGGUAUUUUAUCUGCAACAACACGAACACAGGACUCGUCUUUGUCAAUCAGACGAAGAACUGGACAGACGCUCAGAGUUACUGCAGACAGAAUCACAUUGAUCUGGUCAGUGUGAGGAACCAGAAUGAGAAUCAACAGGUGGCAAACAUCAUUAGUUCUAAUUAUUUAUCUGGAUCAAAUGUCUGGAUCGGUCUGUCCAGAGUCAUAGACUUAUGGCGGUGGUCAGAUCAGAGUAACUCCUCAUUCAGAUACUGGAAGACUGGCGAACCCGAUUUUAAUAAAGCUGGUGAAAACUGUACAGUGGCUGAACCAAACGCUCAGGGACAAUGGUCAGACUUCUCCUGCAACCAAAAAUAUCCAUUUGUGUGUCAUGAAGAUAAAUUGAUCCUGAUCAAAGAGAAUCUGACGUGGCCUGAAGCUCUGAGAUACUGCAGACAGAAUCAUGUGGAUCUGGUCUCGGUUCAUUCAGAAGAGAUUCAGCGUCAUGUGAUGAAUGUGGUUAAACAGGCGUCUACUGAGGCGGUGUGGUUGGGUUUACACAAUUACUGCCUUAUGAACAUGUGGCUCUGGUUGAGCGGAGAGAUCGUGUGCUAUCAGAACUGGGCUCCAGGGAACGGAGUAGAACCGGAAGACUGUCGCCUCGAGAAGAGAAAAGGAGCAGUUCAGUCUGGAGGAGAUCAGCGCUGGAUCAGCCUUCCUGAAUCUCGCAAACUCAACUUCAUCUGCAGCAGAUAUUAAGAGUGAAUGUUUGUGUGUUUACUUACAUUCACUGUUUUCAUUCUUCAUUAUUUCUCUUAUUUACUUGUAUUUGUUUUAGUAAGUUCUGAGUGAAUCUGCUAACUGCUAAAUUUGAAUCAUCAUGGCAUAAUGUGAUUUUUAAAAUGUUUUAACAUUAAUGUUUAAUAUCCUUUAGAUGUUAAGUGUGUUUUUUUAAAUCUCUCUGUUUAUCUGGUGUGGUUACGUCUCUUUAUGGUUUCACUAAUCUUAUCUUGAAUGUGAAUCUGUGAGCAGCAGCUCUUCAGAAUAAUAUUGUUUGUGUCUCAGAAUGAAAUCUGGUUUAUUCUUAGAAAAGCUGAAGUGAAGUUUGGGUAUAAAAUAUCUUGUGUUUGAUCAAAACCAUCAGAUAAACAUGUGAAACAGAACAUGAGCUCAAAUAAACUCAUCUACAGUCAGUA